CUCAACAAUGCCGGUCCCCAGGGUCCUGUGCGUGGCCGAGAAGCCUGCCAUUGCCAAGGCGGUGGCCCAGCAUCUCUCCGGAGGUGCAAUGCAGACACUCCAUAUCCGUGGGAACCAGUAUGUCAAGAAUUAUGUCUUCGAAUUCAAUUUCGGCAACCCCUGGGGCACCUGUGCCGUGACCAUGACCAGCGUCAUUGGUCACUUGACCUCAUUGGACUUCCAACGCCAAUACAAGGGGUGGCUGUCCUGUCCACCGGGGGCUCUAUUCGAAGCACCCCUGCAUGAAGGCGUAGACUCUGAUAAAACUGCGAUUGCAAAUAACAUCCAAGAGCAGGCAAAAUUCUGCCAGGCUCUUUUUAUUUGGACGGAUUGUGAUCGGGAGGGGGAACACAUUGGCAGUGAGGUUCGCAAGCAAGCAAAAGAGGGAAAUCGUCGCAUUGUGGUGAAACGAGCUAGGUUUAGCAAUACCGAAAGAGCUCACGUCCUGAGUGCCGCUCGGGCACUCAUUGAACUAGACGACCUUCAAGCCAACGCGGUGGCUGCCCGGAUUGAACUCGAUCUUCGGAUUGGUGCUGCGUUCACUCGCUUGCAGACUCUUCAAUUGAAGCCUCUAUCAGACACUCUAGCCGAGACGAUCAUCAGUUAUGGAUCCUGUCAAUUCCCCACGCUGGGAUUUGUCGUGGACCGAUACUUGCGUGUGAAGAAUUUCAAGCCGGAAAACUUCUGGGGCAUCAAGGUGAUGCAUGUCCGGGACAAGAUUAAAGUAAACUUUCUAUGGAGGAGGGUGCACCUCUUCGACAGGGCGGCUGUGACGGUGAUGCUGGAACGUUGCCUCAUGGCCAAGAAAGCCAAAGUGAUCAAAGUCAACCAGAAGCCCACUAGCAAAUGGAGGCCUUUGCCAUUGACAACGGUGGAUCUGCAGAUGAUGGGAAGCAGAUAUCUCCGCAUUGACAGUCAGACCAUUAUGAAGGUCGCCGAGGCUCUGUAUACUAAGGGUUUUAUCAGCUACCCGCGUACUGAAACGGAUCAAUUUGACAAGGGAAUUGAUCUGAAGAAGCUAGUCGAGAAGCAGUUGCCAGAUAACAACUGGGGCCAAUAUGCGCGAGGCCUUCUCGACGGAGGAUUCAGGACUCCUAGAUCCGGACGUCAUAACGAUCAGGCUCAUCCUCCCAUCCAUCCCAUCUGCUGGGUAUCCCCAACUGCCCUAUCGGCCAACGAGAAAAAAGUAUACGAAUUUGUGGUCCGCCGAUUCCUCGCCUGUUGCUCGGAGGACGCCAAGGGCCAAACGUCAGAGGUUGAAAUCCAGUAUGGCGACGAGUUCUUCCACGCCAAAGGAUUGAUCGUGCUCGAGAGGAACUACCUGGACGUCUACGUCUACGACAAAUGGGAGAGUAGUCAGCAACUGCCAGACUUCCGCAUGGGAGAGCAGUUCGAACCGUCCGAGGCCAAGAUCUUCGACGGCAAAACAACGCCUCCAAACUACCUGACCGAGCCCGAACUGAUCGGUCUCAUGGAUGCCAACGGCAUUGGAACCGACGCCACCAUGGCCGAGCAUAUUGCCAAGGUCAAGGAUCGACACUAUGUGGCCGUCAACUCUCGAGGAACUGGCCGCAAUGCAGUCAAGGAACUCAUCCCGACCCGCCUGGGUAUCGCCCUGGUGGAAGGUUAUGACAACGUUGUCACCGGUCUGCCAGAUAGUCCGUCGCUGAGCAAGCCGUUCCUCCGCAAAGAAAUGGAGUUGCGGAUGCGGGAGAUCUGCGCAGGGGCGAAGUCCCGGCAGCAGGUGGUCCAGGAGAGCUUGGAGAUGUAUCGGGAAGUCUUCAUACAUACGCAGAGACGGAUUAACUUGCUCAAGAGCGCGGUGCGGAAGUAUUUAGUCGAAGGGGCAACUUCAUAGCCUCUCCCUUUGCAUUUUCUUUUUGGUCGGUGGCGUUGGAGUUGAGGUUUCUGGGCGUUGAUGAGGACAUGAUAUACCCAUGAUAUAUGCUUGAGGCUUACCUAGACUUGUAUUUGCUACAGGAGCU